AGCAGAAGAAGAAGAGUCGGUGGCGGUUCUUUCAGCCUCAUCCUCGCGGUUCUGAUCCAGAUAAACCAGUUCUAGGACCAGGACCGGGACCAGGAACCAGGACCAGGACCAGGACUUUAACCCCCCUCUUCUCCUGGUUGCCAUGGCGACCGGAGGCGGCUCGGCUCCUGCGACUGUAGGAGACGUAGAAGAAGACGCUUCCCAGCUGCUGUUCCCUAAAGAGUUUGAGAACUCGGAGACGCUGCUGAACUCGGAGGUGCACAUGCUGCUGGAGCACCGGAAGCAGCAGAACGAGUCGGCCGAGGACGAGCAGGAACUGUCGGAGGUUUUCAUGAAGACGCUGAACUACACGGCCCGGUUCAGCCGCUUCAAGAACCGGGAGACCAUCACGGCCGUACGCAGUCUCCUCCUCCAGAAGAAACUGCACAAGUUUGAACUGGCCAGUCUGGCUAACCUGUGUCCUGAAGCUGCAGAGGAGGCUAAAGCCCUGAUCCCCAGUUUGGAGGGACGGUUCGAGGACGAGGAGCUGCAGCAGAUUCUGGACGACAUCCAGACCAAGAGGAGCUUCCAGUACUGAGACCAGGACCAGGACCAGGGGGCCGUGGCGGUCCGGGUCGUUCAGUUUUUUGUGUUUUACAGUUUUACAGUUUUUAAAUAAAGAUGUGAAAAGAUUGUGGCUCGUGUCGUCUGAACCGGGUCGUUCCGAGGGAGGUU